UCGGUAGGGCUGGUGCCUCAUAAAUAUGCAGAAUUUUAACAGCGCUAGCGUUAACUAGCUAUCUACCUGGUUCAUGCUAGCUCACCUCAGUUAUUAAGAGCUAUCCAACAGGCCGAUAAGCUAUCGUUUCCAAUUUAUACCGUGAAGGACAUGAUUUUUUUUCACGGCACAGACGAAUAGAGUGAAAUGUUAACUAGGUCCAAUGCAGAGCGCUGGAGGUGAGGAAGCAGCGGAGCAGGACGGCUUCACUGAAAAUGAGGAAAGCGUCCAGCCACAAAAAGGGCCCAACAAUGGAGCGGAACCUGCCCAAGAGGAUCUUUCAGGGCAGGACAUUGAUAAUCUCUACCUCACUGAUGCAGCUGAUGACCCCCCAGUAGCCACACAUUCAGUUCAAGACGUUGUUGGAGACCUCAACAUCCUAAGCACAUUAGAGAACAUGGAGGAUCAAGAGCCACUGCAAGAGGAGGAGGACUUCAUUGUGUUUGACCCUGAGCAUCCACUGGUCAGAAGGCAUCAAGCUGCUCUUACCAGUCAGCUCAGCAAGCAGCUGGAGAUGAUCAACCUGGCACUGAAGGAAAAGCUUGUAACAGAGAAGGUAGAAUCCAAGCACAUGCUGGAGGUAGAUGUUAAUAUCUUUAGGAUUCAAGAGCAGCUAGCCAGACUCUAUACCAGACUGGAGGGCCGCAAUCAGUCCAAGGCACAGGCUGAAGCCCAACAUCAACAGACACAGGAUCGGCUGGAUCAAAUGAAGAGCCAGUUUUCUAAUAUAACCAUUCAGGACAGGGAAGCCAAAGCUAAGGCCUCUCAGCUGCAGACAGAGGUUGACAACCUGAUGCUGCAACUCAUCUUUACACAAGGAGUCAGUGAAGAUCUGCGUUCCAAUUUGAAAACACUGAAGAAUGCCCGAAAUAAAGCAGGAGCUGAGAAGAACCAGGCUGAAGGGCAGAAACUGAAGCAGGAUCUUUAUGUGGAGCGUCUAAUAAAUGAUAUGGAGAAGCUGACGCAGCAGAUAGCCUUGUAUGAGGCCCAGGUCCAAGCCCAAGCAGAGGAGACACAGACCGCCAAAGAGGCUCUAUCAGAGGCUGAGAUGGAAAUGGAGUCUCUGUUAAUGGCACGAAAACAAUUACUGCAGCAGUGGAACAGCAGCCUGGUGGGCAUGAGAAAACGCGAUGAGGCUUUCAGUGCAAUGCAGGAGGCCAUGGGUGAGGUUGAGCACCAGGUGAUUCUACUUGGCAGAGAGAUUGAAGGUUAUAAGAAAGCUAUCACAGAAGAACAAGAGCAAAAUGAGACACUAACUAUGCAGCUGAAUUGGUCCCAGAUGGACUGUGCCACCUAUAAAAAGCUAAUCAGUCAAAAGCAGGCGCAGCAGGAGGCCCUUCAAGCUCACUACAGCACCUGUCUCCGUACCCUGAGGGAGACAGGGUCCACCCUCUCGAGCCUUACAAAGGAAACCAGUACCUACCAGGCUCAAGUGAAUGAUCUAAGGAGGCAGUUGGAGAAAGAGAGUGCAGUGCGUCUAGAUUUGGAAGAUAAGGUCAUGAGCAAUAUGCAGCAGAAGCUCACCCACAACAAGGCUGCCAAGUAUUCUCAACGGCUCACCAACAAGAUGGCCACACUAAAGAAAGACAAGAUCUCUCAGCUUUGGCAGCUGGAAAAUGAAUUAAUGUUGGUGAGACUAGAGAGCAGCAAGGUUAGCCAACAUGUGGACAGCCUGGCCACAACCCAGGAGGCCCUUGAUGAGGAGAUUUCAGUAUAUAACCAGUUACUGGCGUCCAACCAGGCCAAGGUUUCUUCCUUCAUUACAGUCAUUGGGCAGAAGCAGGCUACGAUAUCCAAGUACCACCAGAAGAUCUGCCAAAUCACAGCCAGCACUGGGCAUGAAGACCUGAGUCCUAUGCAAAUCCAAAUAGAGACGUUGGGGGCAGAGAUUGAGAAGUUGGCUACAAAUAUCAGAAAUGACCAGCAGCUCUGGAUGAAACAGCAAGGCACCCUAGUAGGGCUGACGCAGGAGAUAGAAGCCAACAGCAAGAACAUGCUGAAACUACAGACAGAGUGCACAGCCAUGCAGCAAAAGAAAAUCCGCUUGAGGAAUAAGACAGACGCUGAACACCGAGAGCAGGCAGAACUGGAGAAAAAUGCUAAGAUGCUGAAGGGAGACUUGGUGAAACUCAACACCCUGCUGAGCAAGAACGGGCAGCUGAGCCAAGCGCUGGAGCAGGAGAGCACUCUGAUGGAGUCGGACAUCCUUCACAGACUCAAGGCAGCAGAGUGGGAGUGCGUUGAAAUACAGAUGAAAUAUGAAAAGACCCAAGAAGAAAAAGAACGUCUCCUCAACUGUCUGGUGGAAGCUGAGAGGCAGAUCAUGCUGUGGGAGAAGAAGACCCAGCUUAUUAAAGAGACUCAUUCAGUCGUGGACUCCGGCUUGGGAGACAUUCAGACAAUGAAGGCUGAGAUACACCGUAUGGAGGUGCGACUUAACAAACUGAUGAAGCUGCAGGAGCAGCUGCUGAGGGAAAGUGAAGCAACGGUGGCGAGGAGGGAGACCAUAGUGCUCCGCAGGGAGGCAAUGCUCCACAGUUCCCACAAACAGACCACAGUGGGUGAACUGACACUAGUCACACAGGGCCUGCAGGCCAAGAUCAAGGACACGCAUAAGCGUGUGGCGGAGUAUGAACAGGUGAUCAGGGAGCAACGAGAAAGUCAGGUGAGCUUGAGCGACAAGCUCGAACAACAGAGGCAGCAGCUGAUAGAACUGUGCAGCAACAGCUACGGCCUUGACCCAGACAUUGGAAACCUUCAGGAUACUAAAGACAGGAACCUAGCCCACCUGGUGGCACUGCAGAGUCGAACCAAGAAGCUGCAGGGGGUGUGUGACGGCAGCUACAAGGCCUCCCCCAACACUGAGUCUGUGGACACCGCUCUGCGAAACCAAAUGGAGCGCGUGCAUACUGUCAGCACCGUCCUGCACCGUGUGGGUGAGGAGCUACCCCAGCACCAAGGGGCGCUCCGGAGACUGUCGCUAGCUCUGGCAGCGCGCACACAAGCCCUGGAUCAGGAAAUGCCGUGAGAGUGAGGGGGUUAAAAUAGAUAAAGAGUGAGUACUGAAGGAGAGGAGGAUACGUUAGAUCAUUAGAGAUUAGAUUAGAGAGAUGACUCAAGAUUAGUAAACUAGAACUUCCUUGUUUGCUGUUGAACACUUUGAAUGAGAAACUGUUUGAGAAAAGCUGUAACAAAAUAAAAAUACUAUAAGUUAGUCAUAUUUGUUAGUGUGCUGUUCGAAAAAUAACCAAUUUUGAUGAUAUGUGAACAUCAAAUACCAUAAGUACUGUCAACCUUGCAGAAACAUAUCAGUCACUUGUUGCAUGUCAAGUACUAGUAAAAUGAACUGAUCCCAUCUGGUUGCCGUGUUGGUCUAAAUCUAAACCCUGAGCUCUCACUCGUCUCGUCCUCGGGGGUCAGACAGAAAUAACCCAAGUAUCUGCAGUACUUCCAUCAACACACAGCUUGUACGUGACAGAGGUGAUUUCAACACAAAAAUACCUCUGUUCUGUAAGAAGAGAGGUAUACUGUAACUAAUGCAGUAGAACCAGUUUAGAUCUCAUGCUUUGCCCCAACCUUGUCUUGACUGUCUCUGUUAGGAGUUUCCAGAGGCACGUACACUGUACAGUGACAUCUCAGCUCACUUCUCUCUUACUCAAACUGCCUUUCUUUCCUUUGCAGUUCAUACAAGAAGCACUUGCUUUAGGUGGUUGAUUCAAAUCAAAUCAAAGAAACUUUUGGGAGGAUAUGUAUGCUGCAUGUCAGUUGUAUAACAACCUUAUACGAUUCUAAGUACUGUAAGUUUGUAAGAUUAAAUAAUAAUCAACAAUAAUACAAAAAAAAAAACAAAAAAAGAAGUUUUGCAAAAAAACAGCUU